CGAUGACAGCAUGAAUAAUACUCGGAACUAAUGCAAAUAGAAUGUUUGCAAGGGCACGAUAAUUGCAACAAUCAGUAGCAGUACUAGUGACCGGAAACAACAGCGACGCAAUCAUGUACAAAAAGAAGGGCAAGAAGGCUGCGCCCAGGAAGUUUGAGGCAAACACUUUUGAAGUGGCAUAUAAUGAUAUACAAGAAUUAAGCAAUAACUACCAGCCACCACAGCUGGAAAGGUUUGAAAAGGCAGAAGCAAGUCUACCAGUGACGCAGGCACGGUCGCUUCCAGCAAUGAAAAGAACAGCACCAUCAAAAACAGCUUUACCGCUGGCAAAUAAAAAAAAUGUUAGCAAUUCUUUGCCUGUAAAACUACAGUCACCAGUAAAGAAGCUGUCACCUGAAGUUGUGAAGGAACCAGUAGUUGUACAGAAAAGAAAAGAUAUUCCAUCCUCACAGAAGAGCUAUUUUUCAGUCAUGGAAGCUAUGGAAUUGAAGACAGCUGUGAAUGCUGAAAAUGUGGACAUUUUGAGUUUUGAUGCAGUCACACAGAUGACUGAUUUAGUUCUGUUUACAAUGAUGAUACACAAUAAGGAUGGGAAAUACAAUCUGUCUGGGUCUGAUGUCUGUAAAACAAAGUGCACCAGCGUGAAGGAACUUGACCUCUCAGGAUGUUUCCAUCUAACUGAUGCUGGUGCACAGUAUAUUCCAGAAUUGUUUCCCAACCUUAUCUCAGUAAAUUUUGCCGGAUGUGGUAGACUUACAGAAACAGGGCUUCAUACAGUUGUUAACAAAUGUUCACAACUGAAAAAAGUAAAUAUACGAGGGACAGGGGUAUCAAUACUGCCUCACAAAGUAUCUACAAUUGAAAUCAAUACAGAUGGGUACCCCUGUAUUUCUCCAGAAAAAGAGAUUUUAAUUCAGCAAGGAACUAAGUUAAUUGAAGCACCAUCCUAUCCAAAGCCAACCAGUCAAGAUCUCGUAAAAGUUUGUAUUGUACAUGGGUCAGAGGUCAAUCAGAGUCUUGUCAAGUAUUUCAAGAAUGAGAAAGACAGGACACUUGACCCCUUGGAGACGCUCACACAGUUUAAAGUUAAUGACAGAUUCCUGGCCAAUUUUGUGCAGUGCCAUGAGAGUAUCAGUGAUCUGUUUAUCACCAAGAGAACAGUUUAUAUAUUCCCAGUGAGCAGCAAAAGUGAUGUCAAAUCUACAGCAGCUCGGAUUUUUGCUCUCAUUUGUCAGAUCAUUAACAAGGUACAAAAUGGUGUAUUUAUGAUAGCUGGUGUGAACGGAGGUGAUGCCAAGGUUGCCAUGGAACAGAUCAGGAAUGAAGUAUCUGCCAGAGCUAAAGCCACUGCAACAAGUCUGAGAAAAACUUUAGAAACAGAUUUUGCUGAGGUCUUCAAAGGCAUUGCCAAAAAAAGUAAAGAUUCAAUGUUCACAAGCAUUCAGCAGCAAGAAAAUGCCAUGAAUCAGUUGAUCCUAAGCAGAUCUCUGGAAAACCUAAAUUUGGAAUCUAUGGAGAUCAAUUUGACAAAGCCAUUCUUGGGAUCAGAUGGUGCAAAAUGUCUUGUAUCAGGAAUGGAGAAACUUUGUGUGCUGUAUCCAGAGUUCCAAGAAAUUGCAGCUCCUAUAUACAAGUUUACAUUGCUUGAUAGUGUCGACAAGAUGCUGAAAGACGGAAUCCUCUCAACACAAACCAGUAAAGACAGUACACUGAAGAUUUUGGACCUUAUGGCAAUAAUGGGUAGAACUGUUACGUUUUCCUUCAUUGAUGAUGCAAGUGCUGUAUGCCUAAUUGAUUGGUUGGCAAAAAUCUACAAAACAGCAUUUAGACCGCCCAGUACCUCUACCUGCAAGGGUCGUGUAAAUGGACUGGGCGAUACUGCUCCAAUGUGGGAAAUACCUGACCUUAAAACAGCUCUUCAGCAGCAUGUUAGCCAGGAUCAGGCUGCAACAGGAGUUUCAGUGCUCAUGAAACUAGGACUAAGUGUAUACCCAUCCGUCUUUAUCUCAUUCAAGGAUCUACCUAGUCAACCUGUUAUUCCACUGGACCAGUUUUUCCCAGAAAUUCCUGGAAUUGACAAAAGGAAGGAGGUAUUUUACACAGUGGGUUAUAAGGCUAGAUUGUCUGCUCCAGUGACCAGUUUCAUACUGAGACAGUUGCUUGUCCACUGCACUAAACUGAGAAGGUUUUGUUUGGUAUGGCAGACUGGUUUCAUUAUACAGGAAGGCAUUGUUGAGACUCUGGUGGAAAGCAGAGAGGAAAGUGGAGGUGGCAGCUCCAUAGGCCUGUACUGCCAUACAGUUAAACAACAUCAGGGUGAAGAUGUCACAAAGAAACUAGAGGAAACAGUAUGGAAUGCAGCCCUACAGUUCAAGAUUAUGUUGGAUUUUGUAUUACAACAAAAUAACAUACCUCAUCACAUGUCUCUAGUUAUGGGAAAACAACUUUCAGAAGACAGUGCUGUGAGUGCUUUAAUAGUAAAGCACUCCUACAGAAAAUCGGAACAGAAUCCAACAGGUCCAGCAAUGUGCACAAAAUGUGGAAUACAGCCAACUGUCGAUGCACUGCCGUGGAUGUUAACAAGAAGCCUAAGCAGUGACACCUUAGUUGAAGAACACUAUGUUGCUGAUGAAACUGUGAAAUGCUGUGGCAAUGUCGUUAAAUUUCCUGACAAAGGCCUGAUUGUUAUUAAAGCAGGUUUCAUUCCAAAUCAUCAGCCUUCAUUCAAGGUGCACCUUCUGAAAGGGUCUGUUGAGAAAUUGAGGAUUGGUUUCGGCUACGGACUUUUACCAGACAAGAAGAUAUUUCUAGGAAGAGUGUUUAUAGACUUUGGAGAGAAGGCACUGGUGAGACAGAAGACAAGAGAGCUGAAUUACGUGACUGAGAGUACCUCUCCUAUGCCAAAUGUACCACAGACGGGAGGUGACAUUAUCUUCACACUGAAGGAAAAUGAUUCAAACAUGUUAAAUGCAGUAGUCAAAAUUUACAGGAGCAAGGAGUUGGUAGCCAGCACUGAUAUGUCAAACCACUUGUUCCAACCAUUCAUAGAAGUAUAUGAUACUGUAGAAGGAGAGACACCAGAGAUACUGGUAUACCCACUGCAUAUACCACAGGCUAAGAACCUUACACCUGGAGGACUUUGUGAGGGUAUGAAGCUAGAAGCCCUCGAUGUACAGAAUCCUCAACUGAUCUGUGUGGCAACUGUCGCAAAGAUAAACAGUGAUGGGAAGCUUUUGAUCCAUUUUGACGGCUGGGAAAACAAUUAUGACUACUGGGACGACCCUACAUCCAAAAAUCUUCAUCCCAUUGGAUACUGGUACCAGAAUGCAACCAAAUACCCGAGAAUGAACAAUACACUUCAGAAGCCUAGGAAUUAUUUGAGAACAUCUGGUCAUAAUGAUUUCAAUUGGCCACGGUAUUUCAAGGAGACUAAUACCUUUCCAGUACCUUAUGACUGCUUUUCUGCUGAACAAAUAGAAAAUACAACAAGAGAAGAGGAAGACAAAGUGUUAGAACACUUGUCUUUAGAUGGAAACAAUGGACUUACGUGUUCUAGGGCUCAAAACAGAGCUAGAGUUUUUGAAUUUAACACGAUCAAAAAAUACCAAAUGCCAGAACAGAUGUUUGAGUUCUUCAGUCAACACAGCAAGUUUUUUUGUUUGUUGCCACGUGAUUUUGAUGCCAAAAAGCUGCAAUACCCAAGCGUUCUUUCAGUGAUGGACUUCUCCAAACAAAAUAUGCAUUUACUCUGUCCUGGAGCAAAGAUGGAAUUGUUGCAUUUCCUGGAUGAUCCGGGUGUUCCGUUAAGCUCGUUUGAGAGUUUGACAGAUCGUGGUAAUGCAACUUUCCUGCAGAAUUGCCUUGCAGGUUUGCUCUUUCAAGAGGAGACACUGCCAACGAAGUGCUCAAAGUUGAUUCCAGGAAUAGAAAAUAUUGAUGAUAAGGGACUGUGUGAAUCAUGGCUGCUGCGCUUGGUAUUCAUGUACAUGUGUGUUUUAGAGUUACAUUCUGAAAAAGAAGUCAAGGACAAUGUAACUAGUUCAAAUCAUCGUCAACAUGGGGCCGUGGAAAUGUUUAAUGCAGCACUGAAAGACAAACAAGUUGCUCAACUGUUUUCUGAGGGUGACCGCUAUGUUCGCUGCAAAGGUCAUGCAGGGUCAACAAUGGCAAAUAACAACCUGAGGGAAAUACCUCUGGAAGAGUUUGAAAAUGUGUACAAGUUCAUGACAAGACUAGAUUUCCAGAAUAAUCAGAUCCAAGCUUUACCUCCAGAUUUCUUCAACAAGUUCAAGGCACUUGAGUACCUCAAUCUGUCCAAGAAUGGUAUACUAGAGCUGCCUGCUGGUAUAGGCAACCUCACUGAUCUUGCCGAACUUGAUAUUUCUAGCAAUAGGCUUCCAAAACUUCCUGCAGAUUUUGAGCAGCUAAAUAAUUCAUUGACAUCUCUAAACAUCUCCAACAACAAUCUGAAUGGAAUUCCUCCAGGUGUAUUUAAGCUCACCAAAUUGGAAGAACUGCUUGCAGAAAACAUUGGUGUGAUUGGUGAUUUUGCAUCAAUCAGGAAUCUCAUGGAGUUGAAAGUCUUGAACCUUGGCUUGAACCGUAUUGAGAAGAUACCAGAAGAGCUAGGGGAUCUCCAUUUAGAGUACCUUGACCUGAGUGGUGUCCCCUGGAUACCAAUGACAACAUACCAGUCAUACAUUGCCUUCAUGAAACAGCUGAAUGAAAACAAUGUGACCAGAGCAAUAGAUAUGGAUGAACAGAAGAAAAUGUUCAAGACUGCUGAUGUGGAUGAGUCCAGCACACUUACACCUAAUGAAGUUCAGACACUCAGUUAUGAUAUAUUGUUCCCAAAGUAUCCUCGAUUUGGGAAGGGGGCUUUAAGUUUUGAAACAACUGGAGGAAUCCCGCCUGUUCUGUUCAAUCUGACGAAGUUGAAGAGGCUUGUACUACGUUACCAUGGUAUCACGUUGGUUCCAGAUGAGGUCAAGGUCUUCACAAGUCUCAAUGAAAUAGACCUGUCUUAUAACCCCAAGAUGGUGUCCCUGUCAGCAGAACUGGCAGCCUUACCACUCAAACAAUUACAUUUGACUGACUGUAUAGCCUUGAACACCCCACCUAAGGAGAUAGUAGCGCGUGGAUUCAUAGCUGUUAUGGGCUACCUGAAACGUUUGAGGCUAGGAGCUGUGCCGUGCAAAAGAACCAAACUGAUGAUGGUUGGCUUGGGAGGAGCUGGAAAAACAAGUUUGGUUCAGUCAUUGAUGAGUAAACGUUACCGUGCCUACAUGGACAGUGAUGAGCCAAUCACAGAUGGUAUUGACAUCAAGAGUUGGGCGGUACCUAUAGAGGGGGAAAAAGAUAAUCUCAUGUUUAGUGUAUGGGACUUUGCAGGCCAGACCGUUUACUACAACACACAUCAGUUUUUCUUGUCAAACAGAGCAGUUUACCUUCUACUGUGGAAUGUAAGACAGGGAUAUGAACAUGCUGGUUUAGAUUUCUGGCUCAGUUCUGUAGCUUGUCAUGCUCCAAAAGCUCCAAUAUUAGUUGUCGGAACACAUAUAGACAAGGUGGAGAAGUACCGACUUCCAGAAGAGAGCCUGAAAUCAAGAUACCCGCAGAUUGUUGGUUUUCAUUAUGUUAGCUCCUACACCGGCACUGGAGUGGACGCACUUAGACAGACUAUAUUGGAAAACACUCUAAAACAGAAAUACAUGGGCGAGAAAAUUCCUGAAGCCUGGCUUACACUGGAAAAAAGACUCAUUUCAUAUCGUGAAGAAAAGAACACUGAUAUUCUACCAUUCCAAACACUUGAAAGUAUCAGUGCCACUUGUGGUAUAUUUGAUAGAGGGGAGCUGGUGCAAGCUAUCCAGUUCCUGCAUGACUUGGGAGCUGUUCAGUUCUUUGAUACGGACUUUCUCCGUGACAUGGUGGUGAUAUACCCACAGUGGAUAGUGGAUGUGAUGGCAUGUUUGGUCACAGUACAUCAGGGAGCAGUCAAGGAUGGUAAAAUGCUCCUCAAAGAUAUAAGUAAAGUGUGGGAAGAUUAUCCGAGUGACCUUCACCCCUGGUUGCUGAGACUGACAGAGGAGUUUGACCUGACAUGUCCUCUACCAGAUGAAGAAGCAAGUAUCGUACCAUGUCUCCUACCUGAUGCUGAACCUACGUAUGACUGGCCUCAUGCGGAUCCAGAGAAGAAUAUCCGAGAAUCAAUGACCGUUUACAAAUUUCAGUACCUGCCUGCCGGCCUCUUCAACAGGGCUCAGGUUCGACUACACCAGUACUCGAAAGGUGCUUUACUUUGGAAGAAAGGAUCAUUUAUGAAGAAAAACAAUCACAUAGCACUUAUGAUACAAAAUGAGGAGCAAGAAGUGAUUGUGAGAGCUCAGGGAUUCCGGCCAGAAAACUUCCUGUUUAUUGUACACGAGAUGAUAGAAACUUUGAUACGCGAGUCCUACUCCGGUGUACAGUAUGACUUCUGCAUCCCCUGUAUGGAUUGUCAGAGCAGAAAUGUGAAAGACCCGAGUAUGAUGUCCUGCCAGAAGGUAAACAGAGCUCUGGAGCUUAAUGUACCUUUCCUUCAAUGUGAGAAGUUCUUCCAUAUGCUCUCCCUGCAGGAAAUUAAAGAUGCCAUGCCUUCAGACAAAAUGGAUGAGGUAGAUAGCCACCUACGUAACAGUGUACGAGAGCUCAUUGAUUUAACUCAUGAAAAAACUGUGUCUGUCUUCUUUGUGUAUUCAACAAAAGAUGUUCCUGACUUGAAGGAUGCAGAUAAAUGUGUACAUCCAGGAACAAUUAUGGAGGACAUGCAGUCUCAAGACACCUUCAAAGUGUCUUACACUGAUAAGCCGGAAUCAUCAGACAUGGAGGCCCUGACGCUGUCAAUCAAAGCAAAUGAUGUCAUCGUCUUUGGCCUCUCAGAUAAUUUUGCAGGCAAUCCAGAAUGUAAGAAAUUGUUGCUGUACACAAAAGAGGUUCUGCAUAGACCGAUUCUAUUGUUGCUACUUGGAAAGACUAAAAACUGGCAAAAAGGGGAUCUUAAUAUGCCCUUAGGUGAUGAGGUGUUUGUUGACAUGACAAAGAAGGAAAGAUACCCGCACAAGAUAAAGGAGCUGUAUGACGCCAUCAAAAGAAAGAAUGAAUCCAAGAAAAAGAUAAAAGAAGAGGUUCCUGAAUGUUUCAUCAGUUACUGUUGGACAAAUUCCCAUGAUGCUAUUGCAAAAGGGUCUAGAGCAAAAGAAGGUGCUCUAGGAUGGGCUGGUGGUGACCCCAGGGUUGUAAAGAAUUUUCUCAGUGACAAGGGAGUGAAAUGUUGGAUUGAUGUUGAGAGAGUGGGUGGGGUUGGUUUGUACACAUCUAUAGCAGAUGGCUUGAGGGAGGCUAAAGUUAUGGUAGCUUUUGUUUCUGAUGAGUAUGCUGAAUCAAAGAAUUGUGUGAUGGAGUUUAGACAAAGUCUUAUUACUUUACGUAUACCAACCAUAGUUGUUGUUGUUGGUACGGGGUAUGAAUGGGAGAGGAAAGAGGUUGGGCUAAUGUCUGUAGGACAGAACUGUUCCAAAGUGAACCUGCAGUUUGAGAAUGAAGCUGGGUAUCUACAGAUCCUGAAGCUGGUACAGGAGAAAAUCUCUAGCAGUAAAGGAGAGACAGAUGUCAGCCAGGAUGUUGAUACACAGAGAAAUAUAGCUUUACAGGAAGUGUUGGAGCUUACACAAAGGAAGUUCUUGCGUCAUCUCACAAAUUCUUUCUUAAGCAUUGACCUUGAACCAUACCCUUGUUUGUUUGUCGUGGAUUUUAUCACAGACAAGGAAAAGCAGGAGUGGGAGUCUGCAAGAGUUGAGGAGCAAGCCAAGAGGGACAAAGAAGAAAAGGAACAAACUGAAACCAGUGCGAAAGGAGACCUGAAUGAGGGAAAGCAAGAAAGCAAAGAACCUGUUAGAGCCCCACUGAAAUCUAAGUACUGCUUCAGACUGAUGUGUGAGCAUACUGAGGGCUGGCAUGUUAUGCCAAAGUAUUUAACAUUUCCAGACCUUGACUUAGAAGAUGAACAACAGUUGAUAGAGAAUUCAGCCCCAUACCUGACUAGAAUUUACACCAUUAUGAAAUACAGUAAUAUACUGUUGGAAUGCUUGACAAAGCCAGAGGGAGAGAUACUCCAACAAAGACUUGAAGAGAUUGGAAUAAAAAGUGGAGGUGACUUCAAGGAAGAAUAUUUAAAUUUGCGUACGUCAGUGAUGCAAGAGGACAAGGCAAGAUCUAUGGCUGGUCUACACAGAUGUCAGGUUAAUGGAAAAAUGGUCUGGCUAUGUGAUAAACAUAAGAAAGCAGGGAGAAGCAAGACUGAAGAGAGAUAUGCUGACAAGUUCCAAACAGCCGAUGCUAUACCAACAGCAGAUUUGCCAGAAAGUUUUGCUCCAAUAGAACCAGAAGCAAAGGAUCAACCCGCACCAGUGGAACAGAACCGACAGAGGAAACUGUUCCGGCGCAACAUCAGUGAUCAGAGACCUGGUAACCUGAAGCGCCAGACAAGCCAAGCAUGUAACAUGAUGUAAUGAUAUAACUCGGAAAUCAAUUUUAGACUAGCUGGUCUGAUAAUCUUUUACUUCUAUUGAUAGUUACAGGAUCAAGCAUGAGCUAAUAAUUGUACAGUUCUGAACGCCAGUUAUUAUUGAAAUCGUGAGGAAUGUGCAAGGAAUAGAUUUUUAUUUUAGAUAGCUCUGAAUCAUUGUACGAACACUUUAUGCUUCUGCUUACAACACAUGAUACAUGAUAUAUGACGAUGUGCGGACUUAUUGACUGAACAGUCAUCAGAAAUUUUUCUGUUGCGGCCAAGAACGAGAUUAGUCUAUGAACUUAAAAGUUUUCCUGUGUAUUUGGAAUUGAACUGACCUUUCAGGGUAUAUCAAAGCAUAUGUUGAAGUUCAGUAUGAAAAUAGGAUAAUAUUGACUUAGUAUAGCCAAUUAGUGUAUUUCGUACUUAUUAUCCUUGGACACGGGUAUUAUUUGACAAUGUACCUUUUUCUCAAACAAGUAUAUUUGCCUGACACAUUAUUUCCUGAUCUCAUUAUAUCGUAUAUUAUUUGUUAUGUUAUUUUCACUUCUAAUAUUUUUAAGCAGUAAGCCUUCAUGACUCGGUGUUAUAAAAAGGAUUUUGGAGACCAGUCUAGAAUCUUCAGCAUCUGAUUGGUUACUUGUGAGUUCAAGUUUAAAAUCAACCAAUGAAUGGGCAGCAUUUUAGACUGGUCUCAAACUAGUUUUAUAACCUUGGAUAAGGUAUCAGAAUUUAUUAAGUCAUUGAAACUAACAAAGGGCAAAUUUAAAUUUGAACAUAGCGCUUUUUAUCUAGAUACCAUACUGUAUUUAUAAAGUUUAUGACUUUCUGAUGUUGACAUUCAUUUCAUAGAUUUGUCUUUCAUUAAUAAGUUAUAGUUAGAAAUUUAGGUUGUUUAGUUGAUUUCAUGUUUAUGUAGAUAAAGCUAUUGUAGAUAGAUGUGAAGGAUGAAAAAUAUUUAAAUUAUGGUUGUAGAUCUAUAACUGUUAAUGUUUUUACAACAUUAAUAAAUACAGGAUGAAAAAAAAUCUCAAAUAUUAAGGUAUUUCUGGAUUAUGUUUGAUGAAUCGGAAGUAAUAGAUAAACAUCAUGUAUCCAGAUAAAGUAGAAUAAAGCCUGGACUUGAUACAAGGAAAUAAAUUGUUUUAUUAAUUUAUGGCAACUGAACCCAUUAGUACCUAUAAGUAAAUUUAUUAAAACAACAAUGCAAUUACAUUUUUAAAGAUAAAAUGUAAUAUUCAACCAUUUCAUAUGUUAUAUGAUAUUGAAUAAUGUCUUAAAAUCAGCAUGUAAUGUGCAGUCUCUUUAAUCAUGGGCUGCGAGAUAUCUCAAAAACAAGCCAACAGAAACAUAAGUAUUAUUUCACCAUAUUUUCUACCAUAUGUUUAUGUACAACUGAGAAGUUGUGUUAAAAUUUUGUAGAAAAGUUUCUGUUUGCAAAUAUGUAAAAAAAAAAGAGAGUUUUCCCAUAGACUACCAUUAUGAAAACUUGUGUAAGGUCAAGAUUUUUCAAUUCAGUCUAGGAAAAAAUCAAGCACACAACUUUCUUUUUUAUUUGCCAGAUUUUCAAGGUAUAUUCAGAAGUUUUGAAAAAGCAGGGUUUAAUCAAAUUCUACAUUGUAAAAAAAAAGAGUUUGAUCUGAACAAGCAGAAAAACCUUAAAGAAAGAAUAGUCACAUUUUCUGUUUAAACUUUUUGUAAGCUAGUCAGUUUUGAUGAAAAGAGAAACUAAGAUCUGCAGGUAUUUUGUUUAUAUCCGCCCAGUUCAUAUUUGUCCAGUUCAUAGCAGUUCAUAUCCGUCCUAUGAUAUAUUUAUUAAUUAAGCAUUUUUUAUCAUACAUUUGUUUUGAAUUAUUUAUAUCUGGCAUUAAUGAAGAUGCUUAUAUCUAUAUAUCUCAUAAUUUAAAUAUUCCAUACACAUAUUUGAAAUGAACAUAUCCAUAUAGACUGAUAUUUGGUCACUCAGGGGCAUUUUAUUACUACCCUGCUGGUGGAACACUGGAGGGGACUAUAGGAAUACUCUUUGUCUGUCUGUCCGCAAAUCUAGAUUUUGCAAUUACUCAAAAAGUAUUCAAGCUAGGUACAUAAAAUUUGAUAUGUGAAUAGAGGGCAAUAUGUAGAUUAUGCAAGUAUAUGACUUAUGCUUGUAGGUCAUAGGUCAAGGUCUUUAUUGAAGGGCAGGUAAAAAUUGUUUCCUCUCCACAACUUUUUAUAUGCCUUGGCGAAUUAUCUUAGUGCUACACACAAAACGUUCCCCAUGAUGAGACAAUGUGUCAACACAUGAACUAUGCUUGUCGGUUAAAGGUCAAGGUGACUAUUUAAGGUCAAGUAAAAAGUUGUGUCCACUCCAUAAUUUAUAUAUACAUUGAUGGAUUUUCUUACCACUACAAGCUAAUGUUCCUUUUGACCAGACAAUAUGUCGCAUACAUGACCCAUGCUUGAUGGUCAGAGGUCAAGGUCACUAUUGAAAUUAAAGUAAAAAAUAGCUAUUAUUCCUUAGCUUCUAAAUGCCUUGAAGCAUUUUUGUAUACACUCACACACAUGUUCCCCAUAACCAGAUGAUGUGCUGCUUGUGUUGCUUGCAUGACCCAUGCUUAUCAGUCAGAGGUCAAUGUUACCAUUGAAGGUCAAGUAUAAAGCUUUCUGCUCCAUGACUUUAAUUGCAUUGAGGGAUUUUUAUUUCAUCUCUGGCCCAACUUGACUCAAAGCUGUACACUUUUAGUGCAGAUUUGGCAGUUCUGUCCACAAAGUCUCCAGUUUUCCUAUAUACCAUUCCAGUGUGGUACACUAACACUGUUGCCAACAACCACAAGGCACAAACACUGGUAGGGGACUUCUGUAUUGCCACUGCAAUACUUGUCACUUGUUUAUUUUAAUACUUAUUUAACUGGUCAAAAAAGUGUGUUCCACAUUGCAUAUGCAUGUAUGCUAGAACAACUUUGCUGAUUAGUUUAGAAGGAGUAUAUGAAUUUAUUUAUUUUUACAUUAUUUUUACAUUAUCUAUUUUGACAAUCAUUGUGAUAUAAUAAUUACAUAUUUUACUGGAAAAAUUAUAUAUUAUGUAUUUAUACUUUUUGUACGAGCUGUUGACACUGUGAUACUGUUAUACUUAUUUAUAGAUGUUGAAUAUGUAUGAACUAGUACCCUGUUUGAGAUUUAUUGAUACAGUCAUUAAGCAUUUGUGCGAAAUUAUCUUAAACAUAACGAACGUUUUACAUUUAACUGUAUGUCCAGCUGUUAUAUUCAGGUGGAUUACUGUAUAUCCAAAUGAAACAUUCCAUUACAUUCCCAAGGACACACUGCAAUGGGAGUAGCCAGGAAUCGAACGUGGGGCCUUCACCUUUGUAGGAAAGCAUCUUAGCUCUCUCAACCAAUGUGUCCAAUAUCCAGCUGUAACAUUCCAUUUGAUAACUGUAAUAUCCAGCUGUUACAUUCCAUUUCAUUACUGUUAACUGUACAUCCAGCUGUUACAUUCCCUUUUGUUACUGUUAACUGUAUAUCCAACUGUUGCAUUCCAUUUGGUUACUGUAACUGUAUAUCCAACUGUUACAUUCCCUUUCGUUACUGUAACUGUAUAUCCAGCUGUUACAUUCCCUUUUGUUACUGUUAACUGUAUAUCCAACUGUUGCAUUCCAUUUGGUUACUGUAACUGUAUAUCAAUCUGUUACAUUCCCUUUGGUUACUGUAACUGUACAUCAAUCUGUUACAUUCCCUUUUGGUUACUGUAACUGUA